GAGCGCUGGGGAAUGUUGUGACGCGUCCGCGUCGCUCUGCGCUCGAUUAGCUCGUCUGUGCAGAAGUGGACAGGAACACGGCGGACGGAGUCCGAGCGAGUGGGAUUUAAAAACACAACACAAAACCGCGCACGGAAUAUCCUACAGAACAGCCGAGCCGCGACCGCCUUCACGCCGCCAGUCGGGCUGGAAAAGAAGCACGUUCGGUGUGUGUGUUGAACUUGUUCGGGACGGACGGCGGACGAGAAGAGUUGGUCUGCAGAGUUGAAUUGAAGGGAAGUACCACCCCACUGGAUAUUUUUUCAUAACACAUUUUAUCGGACAAGACAUACUCUCUUCUUUCGACUAUUAAACCGGUGCAACUGUUGUGACUGAUCAGGCCCACCUUUCACCUUGCAGCACCAUUGGAUUUGUAUUAUUGAGUUGCUGGUGAAUCACCAAUGCACAGAGUGCUGUGUUUAACAUCACUUGUGUUGAAAAGCUGUGGACUCUGGUGUCAGGGUGCUCUUCUGUUAAAGCCUGUUCUGAAUUGAUGAACUGGGAAAUCUACAGAGUUGUUAAGGAUCAGAUCAUACUUCCUUUCACGUACACUGGUAGCCUAACGUGAUAGUGGCCUACAAGCUUAAGUACCAGGAGUGGCAGAGAUUAAAGAUGUCAAGUUUUUCUUUCAUGGCAUUUUAUAAUUUGGUCCCAAUUAUGAGCUGUUGAAGAAUAAAACAUGACGUCCAUGACGCCAUAACACCACCCUCAGCUUUUGUGAUGUGACGGAUCAGCCCCCCUUCUUUUGCCCUGACGUUGCACCCUCACUGUUUUCAUGAGGUGAACAUAUUUGAUUCGUGACUCUGCAACACUUCAUUGUGUGGUAUUGCUCCACCAUAUCUUUCUUCUUUUUUGGUGUGUGCAUCUUCAGCUUACAAUGAGUUUGUAAAAGGUGUUUCUAAGCUUCAAAGCAAGCACAACGUGCUGCUAACACAGCCUUCCAGGUGAAAAGACUGGUCUAGAACUCUUGUAAUUUUGUUCCACAUAAUUUUGCCUCAGAGCAUCUUAUUUUGUCAAUCUGAAUGCACACUGUUACCAUCAGCGAAUUAAGGGUGUCGUGGAGAGUCAGUCUGGCAUCGUUAUUCAACCACACAUUGCUUUCCACAUCUUGUUCUUCCACUACCAUCUAACUGUCCUGUUGAUCAAAGCACCAGCUCCCCUCCUCCGGUUGACCACUACACCAAUCUUCCAAUUUAACAGUACGGGGGACAUCCAGACACCAAAACAAGGUCAUACUACCAGCCCCUCACACACUAUACCAUCCUGGAGACUGGAAUUUGUCAGUGGCAAGCUUUUGUUGUCCUGUGGCUGCAGCUUGGUUGCACAGCAAAAGCUGUGUGAGUGGAUUGGUUGGGCCAACUGCACAAACAGAGCCAAGGACAGGGCCACUGGACUACAGAGCUUACGACUCUGGGUUCAGGCCAUGAGGUUUGAUGCCUCGAUCAACUGACGGGAGACACUGGACCUAAAUGGCGCAGCAUGACUUUGUUCCUGCCUGGCUUAACUUCUCCACGCCUCAACCUGCCAAGUCCCCUGCAGCCCCCCUUGAGAAGCAUGGAGAACACUUUCCACGUGGAGAUAUACGGCCGGGAGUGAACCGCCGCAGACACAACUCCUCUGAUGGUUUCUUCAACAAUGACCCGCUUAGAGCUCCCGGAGGUGAUGGGUGGCAGCAGCAAUCUCUGUUGAGGCAUGAUUCAGUGGAUUCUGGUGUAGCUAAGGGCAACCAAGGCGGAUUAGGCAGUGGACAUGGAUGGAAGGAGACCCCCAGCUGGCAUGGGGCCCCACGGGGCCAAGAGGGCCUUCACCAUCAUCAUGGCCGCCAUUCCAAACGCGGCGGAGGCGACAGGGACAGGCAGGGGGGCCAUCGACAGCGCAAUGGCAACUUCCAUUCCCGCAAGGGAGGUCCCUUCCAGGACCGUUACUCUGAUGAGGAGCGCAACGAUGACAAGCUCAAGUUUGUUGAAGAGGAUUUUCCCUCCCUGAAUCCUGAGACAACUGGAAAGCCAGCAAGUCAGACUCGCGCUGUGGGAACUCCAGCAGGCGUGUGGGAGAAUCCUCCCAGCGCUAAGCAGGCUGUGUCUAAGAUGCUGGUCAUUAAGAAAGUGUCGAAGGAGGACCCCAGUGCUGCAUUCUCUGCUGGCUUUGCCAGUGCUGGUCCUCUGCCUACUAAUGGCUCCAAAGUCCCCAUUACUGGACCCAGUGUCUACAAGAAUUUGGUCCCUAAGCCUGCUACUGCCCCAACUAAGACUGGCCCAUGGAAACCCAAUGGAAGGGAAACUAAAGUGGGUUUACAUUUCUCUGGUCGGGAUUCAGCCUUCACCAGCCCUGUGUCUGUGACCAAACCUUUGACACCUGUCAACGCACCACCCCAUGGCACUCCUAAAGAGCCACCUUCCAGCACUACCCCACCUAUAGACAUCACUCCUCCCCGACUGAAGCUGAUGCGCCGCAGCACAGACCGCAAGAGUGAGUUCCUGCGUGGGCUGAAGGAUGAGAGGAAUGGAGAGGUGAGCGGAUGCCACAGCCCUGGAAAUCCAGUCGAAGGAGAGGGCAGUACUCCUGAGCCAAAAGAGUAUGGAGAAAUUCAUGAGAAUGGCAUGUCUCAUUCUCUGAGUGACUCAGACACUGAGCACCUAUCCAGCUCACUGGAAGCUGAGCACAGGCUGCUUAAAGCAAUGGGUUGGCAGGAGUACCCAGAGAAUGAUGACAAUUUCCAGCCCCUUACAGAGGAUGAGCUCAAAGAGUUUCAAGCUAAGACUGAGCAGCUGAAGAAGAAUGGGCUGGGUCGUAAUGGUGUGCUCCCGAAGCCUCGAGGUGUGGCCCUGCUGGCCUGGAGGAACACCCCGAACCCUGGCCUGGACGAAGGCUCCGAGUCCGAGACCAGCAGUAGCAGCCAGACUUCCGAUGACGAAGAUACCUAACGUGGCUUUAAAACCCCCCUGUUCUCUUCCUCCAUUGCUCAUAUUUGCUCUCUCGUGCUCUCUCUCUCUGUCUCUCUCUUUCAUCACACCUUUUAUUUCAAACAAAAAGAAGGAAACAAGUGAAAAUAUUGUUUUCAUGGACAAGGGACAUCAAUCAUAUCCCAAUGAGAGAGAGAACACGGAGUUGAUGGCUCAUGGGCGAUUUCUUUCUUCCUUUUUUUUUUUUUUUCUCUCCUUUUUCUCUACUUUGUUUUUCCAUUUAUCCCAAACUAGAAAUGUCUAUGAAAAGCCACACACAUCCCCCCCAGAUCUUUUUCUGUUUUUGCUUGGGAAAAAAGACUAACUCAUAAUAACACCAAUUAUAACCGUGAUUUAACGUGAAAUAUGACUUCAUCUGAAUGUUCUAUAAAAUGGCUUUGACACCUUUCUCAAAUAUUUUUCCUUUUUGCAAAAACAAUUCGUAGCAUUAGUGUUAAGACAAAACAAUCAUUGUGAGCCACUGACAGCGGCAUUGCUCCCAGUCCCUCAUGGAAAUCAACUCAAGCCAGUCAUCUGUGCUGCAAGUAAGCACUAAAACAAACCCCCAACAGAAUUACAGCUCUAGUGCAGUUGGGCAGCUAAAAUAUGACUCCUUUUCUGGUGUUUGACUCAAACUGUACUGGUUCCACCAUUCUCACUCUGCUUCUUGAACUAGGUAUAACCACAUUUCACUGCAAGUGUGAGCGUAUUUCAAAGUGAUGAGUUGGAUUUGAAAUGUAGCUUACGUCAGGGUGUAUCAUUGCCUAGCUUUUGAAAUAAAGGUAACGUUCAGAGUGAAGGGUCUAAUGAGGAAGCACUGGUGUUAAAGCAGCAAUAGAAGUCUUUGAUCUAUGGUUUUUCUCUGGAUUAACUCACCUUCACAGACACACUGUCUUUUUCACUGUUUCAGUGCAAUGGAAUUGAAUAAGAUAUAACAACAGCAUCUAUUACAACAGCCAGGAUUUUAUCUUUUUGUUUUGAGCUUCCAGAGUCUCAGAUAGUUCUUGUUCUAUGAGAAAUUGAGUCAAAUUGUACUCUUUGCCUCAUGAAGACUGUUCAGAAGCGACAUGGUUAAUGUUCUCCUGAAGCCUAAGCGUCUCAGAGCAUUGCCUCUAAGGUGUGAUUGGUCAAAAGAUGUUUCAGCACGGUCAGUGUAUGCUAUUGGGGGAAAAUAAUCUAUAUUGGAGGAGAAUACAGCCUUGCCAGUUGAUCCAUCAGUAAGAAAUGGCUCCUAUAAUGAGGGAUUUCUAAUUGGCUUUUUCAGAACAGAGUUUUUAUUCUGAAAAGUAGACCUUUUCUCUUGGCUCUGAUGUAUUUUUCUGAAAACAUAAGCAUUCUGUUGACAUGAGUUUAUGAUAAAUCUACACUCUGUAUCCCUGCAGCUAAUGGAACAGUAGAAACCCAUCUGCUAAAGUUCUGUAUUUCAUGAGGGACUGCUGGUGGAAAUUAUGCAUCUCCAUUUUUUUUGUACCUUGUUUUCGCUGAUAGGGUAUAAAAAGGCUUUAUUACAGAUUUAAGUUUUUUUUUUUAUUUUGGUACAGCUGUAAAAAAUCCCACAAAUAGUUUUUUUUUCUUCUUUUGUUUGCAUUAUGUUGUUCCUGCAGCCUUGAUAUUCAGGGUGGAUUGUAAAAAAUAUAAGAAUAAAAAUUGUGAGUUUUGGAAGAUUAA